AUGAUCGCAAUAGAAUUUGAUCAACAAUAAAUAGUAAUUUUUGUAUUAAGUGCGCGAAAUGAGUGUUUUUUUAAUGGCGCCUGAGAAUGUUAUUUUAGUCGAGACCGCCAGGUCGAGACCUAAAAGACAUUCGAAGGCGCCAUUAAAACAUGAAUUUCGCCACGAAAUACAAACAACGUUUUUUCUACAGCCUCCAGAUGAAGAAAAAAGUAACAGAAAUUAGUUGGAACAAAAUGGUCUGAUAAAUCGAGUUGCUUGCAUGGUUACGAUGAUAAAUAAAAGUGAUAGUUGCGAAAAAUUUGUCACAAUAGGUAUUUUUGUUGAAGAAGUGUGAUGGAUUUUAGCAGCGAAAACGAAAUAGAUGCAAUUGCAAGCGCGGCAGUGUCGAAUCUUUUGCCUGCUAAAUCAAGACCGCAGUACGAAAAAACGUAUCUUCAGUUUCGGCAGUGGUGUUCUAUGAAAAAGAUUGAUCAAGUAACGGAAAAUGUUUUGUUGGCGUAUUUGGAAGAAAAGUCUACCACCUUAAAGCCACCAACACUCUGGGCCCUUUAUGCGAUGUUGAAAGCCACCUUAAACGUUAAAGAGAAUAUCGAUACACGUAAGUUUCCGAAGUUAGUGCCCUACCUGAAAAGCAAAAGCGUAGGUUACAGAAGCAAGAAGUCGCAAAUUUUAGACAAAGAAGACAUUAGCAAGUUUAUUAAUGAAGCAGAUGACAAGAUAUAUUUACUGAUGAAGACUGUGCUAAUUUUGGGUAUAUCGGGAGCCCUUCGACGUGAAGAAUUAGUUAAAAUGAAGCUAACUGACAUAGAAGAUAAACAGUCUGUCUUAAUUGUGAAGGUGCCUGAUACAAAAACCCACUGCGAACGAAUAUUUACUGUUUCAAAUUUAGAAAAUAUAGAAAUUGUCAGAAAAUAUAGAGCUUUGCGGCCUCCACGGGCGACUAGUGACCGUUUAUUUUUAAAGUAUACCAACGGAAAAUGUGUGAAUCAAAAUGUUGGAAUUAACAAAAUCGGAGAGAUACCAAGUUUGAUUGCAAAGUGGCUUAACAAAGACGAACCUAAAAAAUAUACUGGUCACUGCUUCAGAAGAAGCUCUGCCACUCUUUUGGCGAAUGCUGGAGGUGAUCUAAUUUCAAUUAAACGUCAUGGGGGCUGGAGAAGCAGCACAGUGGCAGAAAGUUACAUCGAGGACUCUUUGAAUAAUAAAAUUGAAAUUGCCAAUAAAAUUCAACCUUCUUCCUCCACAGAAGAAAACAAAAUCACUCAACCUUCUACAUCGGCUUCUUUUAAUGGCGAAAAUAACUUUCAUUUACAAGCGUCUUCACUCAGGCCUCUGGGGAUAAACGGGGGCACGUUUUCGUCAUGCACAUUUAAUUUUCAUAUGUCAAAGUAAAUAUCUAUUAUUAUUGUUUUGUAAUAUUGUUCUGUAUAAUUAUAAAACCUUUAAAACUACCUCUCAUUAUCGAUCCGUCUCUUCAUUUCGGUUGCUGUUGAUGUCUUUUCGUGUUACUAAAAUUGUAACAGAAAUAAGUUGGAACAAAAUGAUCUGAAAAAUCGAGUUGCCUGCACAGUUAAAAAAUAUUAUUUUUUCACUGUGAAACCGUGAAAAAAUAAUAUUUUUUCACAGUGAAAAAACGUCAAACUUCGCGCAUAGGUAACCAUGCAUAAAUGUCACGAUUUUUUGACGGCUGUAGAAAAAAUAAAUUA